AUGUUGCCUUCUCUGAUUUUGACGGCCUUCGCUCUCCUGCCAGAAGCGCAGGCAGCUGUCCCACAAAAACGCUGCGGCUCAGUAUCCAAUUACUACAAUCAAAAGACGGAGGACUGGGACACCUACAAUACCGGCGAUUGGCUCAACAACUGGUGGAAUAAUCAUGGUGAACUGAUGGCUAAUAGUAGCGGCGGAUUUGCUAGCGCCUUUGGUCAGUGGGCAAUGGGAAACCCAGACUGGACGUGUCAUGAUGGUGGCUCGGACUCGAACUGCGACCUGCAGCUGUGUGAUAACCGAGUCCUCGAUCACCGCGGUGACGACAUCCGCCACGCAUACUAUGUCCUCGAAUCCGUCAACCGCCUGCACACUUACUUCAAAGGUAUUGGCGAGUCGUUCACGACCACUGCUUUAGGUGCGGCUUUGUCCAAGGAUUCGUGGGCUACCACUUUCUACAGAGAUGAAGAUGUUAAGAGUGUUGUUGCACUCAGGGAGGCACUCAGUUUCCUGACUAUGAUUAUUGGUAUUGGUGCUUCGUUUGCUGGACUGGGCCCUGCUGUUGCUGGUGCCCUUGCUGGUGCUGGUAGUGCAAUCGCCGGUGGUGCAAGUGGCGCUGGUGGAGCUGCUCUACCUGCUCAUGCGGAUGAUACUUUCGAGAAGUCUGCCGACAUGGGUGGCAUCUUGGGCAGUAUCGUUGUGGACUCGAUGAAGUCGUUCACGACCGCCAAUAACCAGCUGAUGAGUGGUCAAAUGUAUGGCGACGUAGAUAUCCGCAGCUACCUGUCUGGUGGAGCGUUUCUUGCCUACAACGGGGUCGACAAGAACGCCGUCACUGAUGUAAUGACCAACAUGCUGAUCGGCACUGCGAUCAAUCAGUUGUACCGCACCCAAAAGAUCUUUAUCAUGGGCGGCGGUGCCUGUGGUGAUAACCAGGGGAUUGGUUCUGGUCCCGAGGCUUCUGUGAUUUGCCGUGACGGCAAGGCCUGGUAUUUAUACUACUGGCAGGAGAACGAUGUGUUCUCCCUUACCGCCCACCGUUGGGGAUGGGUUGCCACGCCUCCUGGCCUUGAGAAGCUAGGUCAAGGUGAUUACGGAGGCAUUGGUAUUGCCGAUGUCAUCAACUCCUCUCUUGAUGCUUGGCAGGUUGCUGGCUACAACUACAACUCCGACACAGCUUCCGGUCGUGCCUCAGAUGCCAUCAAAAACUCUUGGGCAAGUCCCGGUUCCCAGGGUGCAUCCUGGGAGGGUAUCUUCACAAUUCCGGUGUGUGAUGUCAGCAGUGCUAUUGACUCGGAUUACCCUAUGAAGGAGUAUAUCUUGCAGCCAUACGGCCAUGACAGUCGCCCUGUCUGGUGCGGACCGAUCUGCGGCGGCGAUGUUCAGACGACGCAGGACUUCAUCAAAGCGGCUAAUCUGGAAGGGUUCGAUAGCCCCAAGCACCUCUGUGAAGAUAAACCGGAUUAUUAG